GUCGAGGGGCUGUCAAGCUGUUGCGAGCUAGCCUUUGCGCUCCUGCAACCGGUAGUCUCGUCUUCCGACUGUUCAACUCUCCACGGAUUUAUACGGGCUACGCUUUAUCUCGCGUGAAUGCUGCUUUUGGCCGAAGCCUGGGUCCAGCACACGUUGCCUUCCCUCUAUACUUCCGACCGCACUUGUCGCGCGGGGAAUACAACAGUGAAUCUGCCGGCGGAACCAGAACCCAUGUGUCGUGCCCCCUUGGGGUCUUUGGCCUUUGGCCCUUUGAUCACCAAGCUGGCACGUAUGAUGCCCUGUGAAAUGCUCGCUCUGACAUCUAACACGGCCCACUGCUCGAGGAUGAAGCGUGUAUGACCGCCAUGUCUCCAACUUAUCCAGACUAGACCUGUUGGCCCUCGAGGAUCAAGAUCUCGCUCUCUCUGCUCUGCAGUCCUUGCUUCUUGUCGGCCAAUCCUUGAGAGCGAUAUUUCACCCUACCGGCUGAUCGAUCUGGAAACGAAUGCGUUCACGCCAUACAGAACUAUCGACGAUCUGCUUUCUGAGCUCUGGCCGGCGAUUGUUUCUCGCUCUCGGACCAUCGAUCGCUUGCAUCAAUGGAUUUGGGCGAGCGUCAGCUGAUUACACAGUGUCGUAAAUUGGACAGAUCAUCGGCAUUGGUCAGCCCACUCACAGCGCCGUCCUCCACUCAUUCGUGAAGCGCUCGGCCCUCCUCUGUGCCUGCCAUCGACGGCGAUUUCGGCGCUUUACCGCGGUAUGGCUUGAGAGCCAAAGCGCGUUUGGUCGCCUUUGGCCACCUGCAAUUGUUUAAAAGGCGCAGCUGGUUUCCCAACUCUGUCCCGCCACCCACUGCUCCAUCUUUCUAUACCCUCACGUUCUCGCCUCUUGCUCAAACCUAUCGCAUCUUCGCCCCUCAUACCAACCAUCCCUCCACAUGAAGCAAGCGCACUCCGUCCGGACUUCGGUCCAGCGCUUCGACCCGAUGCGUGCAACUCACUACAAGGACUAUCCAUUUGAGCUCAACAGAGGCCGGAACAUCUACAACUAUCGCUCUGUUCCAGUGGCACCGCCUACCAAGCCUCCUCCCGUCAAGACAGCCAUUGUGGAUCCCGAGGCGGGCGACCACAAGGCGCAGAAGGAACGCGUUGAUCAGCAGAUUCUACCCCUGCCUUCUGUUGCGACCCCUCAAGAGCCCCUUAUUGACGACACCGAGUUCAAAUCCUCCGACUACGUGCCCGAGAUUGAUCUCGAGGAGCUCUUCCGCUUCCAGUUCCAUUGAGGAGCUCAUAUGUCCACUGCACACUUCAUUCAUAUCUACAUGCAUGUAUCAGAUACCAUUAUAUCUAUGUUUUCAUAGCCCAAGGACUUGU